GUCUUAUGCUGGUGCAAUUGGCACCUGAAUCAUCAUCUUGUGAACCGAGCUUGAUACUUGAAUUGACUCUAUUGGUUUUCUGUGCUCACUCUGCAGAUAGUUGCUUUCCGGUUAAUAUUUUCGUGCUUAGAGAUGGAUAUUGGCUCCACCAACAUCAAUAGCAGAUGGAGAAUUUGCACUCUUGCUAGCUUUCUUGGAUUAGUCUUGUUAGUUCUUCUCCUCAAGCAGGGCCGUGACUCAGUAGACCUCUCAAAUCCACGGAGCGUGGAAGUGUUGGCUGCAUCCUCGUUAGACCUCUUCCCAUCAUCUACCAAUCAAUCGUCCGAUUCACCCAGCUUCGAGGAAAGUAGGGAGCCGGAGCACGAGAAGCAAAACGGAUGCGACAUAUUUGACGGGAAAUGGAAUUACGAUCCGAAAGCGAGCCCUCUCUAUAGUGGAGCUCAGUGUCCCUUUCUAAGCAAUCAGGUGAGUUGCCAAAGGAACGGUAGACCCGAUUCUCUGUACGAGCGAUGGAGUUGGGAAGGUAACCAAUGUGCUAUCCCUAGGUUCAAUGGAACAGACAUGCUAGCGAGGCUAAGAGGGAAGAGAGUGAUCAUAGUCGGGGACUCGCUUAACAGGAACCAGUGGGAAUCUCUUGCUUGUCUUCUUUACUCAUCCAUUGCCUCAUCCGAUGCCCAUGUUGAGGUCAGAGAUGGCAUGUACAAAGUCUUUCGCGCUAAGAACUAUAAUUGCUCCGUUGAAUUCUAUUGGAGCCCGUUUCUAGUUCGACUAGAGUUGGACCGUGCAAAUGGUACCAGCAUUCUUAAUCUUGACAAGAUCUGCGCCUCAGCCAAGAAAUGGAAAGGUGCCAAUAUCAUGAUCUUCAACACCGGUCAUUGGUGGAAGCAGCAACGGAAGGUCAACACUUGGAACUUUGUCCGGUACAAGCAGGAGCUAUUUCAGAACAUGGAGACAGAGCUAGCAUUCGAGAAAGCCAUGAAGACUUGGGGGGGUUGGAUCGAUAAGAACGUCAACCCAACAGAAACAAAAGUCUAUUUCCGGAGUAUAUCGCCAGAACACCAAGGGAAGCAAUGGUGUCACAACGAAACCCAGCCUAUCAUGGAUAAUUCGUACAGACAAACAUUUCCACACACCAUAAGAGAAGUCACAGAGAGAACCAUCCAGAAAACGAGAAUUCCGGUAACGUACCUGAACAUCACAAAGCUGUCAGAGUAUAGAAGAGAUGCUCAUCCGAUGGUGUACACGAGCAGGGGAGGAAAGUUAUUGACAGCGGAAGAGAAAAGACAUCCGGAAGUUCACGCUGAUUGCAGCCAUUGGUGUCUCCCUGGACUGCCUGAUACAUGGAACCGGCUUCUGUACGCGUCCUUGGUUUUAGACAGCACCAGAGGCAGCUCUAGUUCUUCACAUUCGGCAGUAUGAUGAUUUGGAUGAAUCAAUCAAUCUUCUUUUUUCCAAUUCUAUUUUGUUGAAAUAACAGUAGAGGCAGUAGGAAGAGGAACUAGAAGACGGGUUUCAAUUGACAUUACUAGAAAUACCAACAAUAGUCACAACAAAGGGAAUGUAAUCUAAGCUUCUGAAGGAUUGACGUAUGUUACAUCUCUGUGCCCAACAUAAUUACACAGAAUUUACUCUAGCUUUCUCAUUAGCCAGUAUAGGUGAUAUAGCUGCCGACACAGGCUGUGAUUUAGACACGUGACUUUUUUGCCUUGCGAACACUCUUUGAUGUGUUGCAGAUGCUUCCACUGUAUUUCGUAGAGGAAGUAAAACGAAUAAUUUCCAAUUUGCGAGCACCAUCUGCAUUACAAGAUAGUACCAAGCUAACGAGAACACCAGGCUUGCCCACCACGAGAAGUACAUGGAUUUUUCCUUCACCAUAGAAAAACAAUCUAUCUUCAUAUGCCCAGCUCAGACGCGAUGCCAUCAACAUAUUCUAAGAGGAGCAUCUUCGACUUAAAUUCUCAGGGCUACCAUUCCACGAGAGACAUAA